CUUUAACCAAAUUUGACCGGUACAUGCUGCUAAUCAGCUGGUAAAUGAAGAGAUCGGGCGCGCCUGACGCAAUGGACACAGUCAAGUUAAACACAGGCAGUGACAUGCCUAUUGUAGGUCUUGGCACGUACAAGUUACGCGGACAAGAACUUGUCAUACAAACUGUCGAAGCAGCACUGAAACUCGGGUAUCGCUCAAUCGACACAGCUGCAGUCUACCGGAACGAGAAAGACAUUGCCAUCGCUCUGAAACAGUUCUGUCCAAAGUACAGCGUAGAACGAGAAAAUCUUUUUAUCACAAGCAAACUAGCUCCAAAAGACCAGGGUUAUGAAGAAGCCAAGGCGGCAGUUUUGAGAUCGUUAGAAGCUCUUGGGUUGGAGUAUCUGGACUUGUACUUGGUCCACUGGCCAGGCAAGCAGGGUAUGUUGAGGGAGGACGAGAGGAACAGGCAAUACAGGAAGGACACCUGGAGGGCGUUAGAGGAACUGCACCGAAAUGGGCAGUUGAGAGCCAUAGGAGUUUCCAACUACACUGUUCGACACAUGAAGGAGUUGCUAGAACACUGUCAGGUCAAGCCAGCUGUGUUGCAGAUUGAACACCACCCAGAGCUGCAGCAGACUGAGCUGAUAUCACUCUGUAGAGAACACGACGUUCACUUCCAGGCCUACUCCUCCCUGGGCACCGGCAAACUGGUGUCUCAUCCAGCCGUCCUGGAAACAGCCACAAAAUACAACAGAACUGCUGGACAGAUUCUCCUAAGAUGGGCAGUCCAGAGAGGAGUCGGGGUCAUUCCCAAGUCCACCAACCCUCAACAUCUGAAGGACAACAUCCACAUCUUUGACUUCACCUUGGAGGAAGAAGACAUGGGAAGACUGGACAGUCUGGACUCGGGCAGGCACUACUGCUGGGACCCUCAACAUGUGGCAUAGACCAAUGCUAGAUAAAAUAUAUGGUGGAUAUAGAUUUGAAUUAUUCAUUUCUGUUGACAAAGUACCAGACUCAGACUAGUCUCAAUUAACAACAGUAUGUCGUAAGAAAGACCUUAAAAUUUUGCUAUUGAGCCAUUUUGUUGAGUUCUAGUAUAUAAAUAUAAGUGUUUAUUACAUUUCACCAUAAUAGUUUGCCUACCUUGUUACAGUUUAUUUUACAAUUAUAAUUAAAAGGCUUUAAAAGGCAUUGUUGU